AACUUGUGAUAGAAUUAUCAUGACAAAGAUUGGGUUCAUAGGAGCGGGAAAGAUUGCCCAUGCGUUAAUGAAAGGACUUCUUUCUUCAGGUGCAGUUACUCCAUCUCGUAUCUAUGCAAGUUCAAAUACUGAAGAAUCCCUUCAAAAAGUUAAGAUACUUGGUGUGAACACGUGUCUGGAUAACUUGUGGACUGUGAAAAACAGCAACAUAACCAUACUGGCUGUCAAGCCUCUUGUUUUCCCCAAAGUACUUCACGAGAUAGCCCCCGCUAUCGGGCCCGAUAAUGUGAUCGUUUCUCUAGCAGCAGGUGUCACCAUUGACUCUAUACAACAGAGAUUACCUCACCACGCUAAAGUAGUACGAGCCAUGUUGAACACUGCAGUCCAGAUAAGAGACGGAGCUAUCUCUUACUCUACUGGUAAGAACGUGGAGGACCCUGACCAGGAACUGGUACACAGGUUGUUCUCUUCAGUUGGGUUAACAUUGGAGGCAGAGGAGAAACACUUGGUUGCUGUUAUGGGUCUCAGUGGUAGUGGUCCAGCCUAUUUUUACUUGAUACUGGAGGCACUGAGUGACGCCGGUGUAAGACAUGGCCUCAGUAGAGACGUUUCUACAAGACACGCUAGUCAGGCUAUGCUGGGUGCUGCACGUAUGGUGCUGGAGUCAGGGAGACAUCCAGGAGAGUUGAAAGACGAGGUUUGUUCUCCUGGAGGUGUCACUAUCGAUGCUAUCUAUUCGAUGGAAAAAGCCGGCGUACGUGCAGCAAUGAUGGACGCAGUGGACGCGUGCAUUAAACGGAACUACGAAUUAUCUCGGUUAAAUGAAUAAAUUACAGAGAACUGGCAUAGGGAACAUUGCUGGGAUUAAAGUUACGACUAUAAAUUAUAGUCGUAAAUUUAAUAUAGUAUACUUUAAUACAGUAUAAUACUGUAGACUAUAUUUGUGAUUAUAUUUAUGACUAUGGUCUUUAUAAUCAGACGGAUAGUAAUUGAUGUUGUGUGAUGAUGUUGUGUUUAUGACAACGUAUUUUUAUUUUUAUUUCGAUUGGGUCAGGGUAAGUCAUAAAUACUAAUCCGAAUCGAUCGUUUUUAUCUUUCUGUUAUUCAGUUUGAUAUUAAUUUAUUGAUAUCAAACUUAUUGUUUGAUGUUUAUUAUCGUAAUUAAUAUAUUUGUGUGAAGUAAUUAUUAACUUGCUUUCCUAAUUGGAAGUCUCAGAUCUCAGAACAAUUAUUAUAAUGUUGGUGG